GCUCCAAGGAAAAAUCAAGCUUUCUGAAAGCUGUACGCUUCUUUUUGACUGAGCUGGCAACUGGUGAUCUGGCAGCAGCAGAGAGCUGUUUCCCUCACGGCAAAAAAACCUCCCACUUCAGCCCAAGUGAGUUGGACCAGUACAACUUCAGCAAGUGCACCAUCAUCGUCCGCCUGCUGGAGUUUGCUACUAUGAUUCUUGUCAAAGGAGAGCAGGAAUUUUGGAAGCUUCUGGAACAAGACAUUUUUGUCUCCGAUUUUUUUGAGCUGACGGCACUGGUGGUGUGUGAGCCGUCCGCUGUAGGUUUCAACAUGGCAGACGUGGAGGUAAUGAAGAACCUGCCGGAAGUGUGUGUUCCUCUGCUGAAGGCACUGCUGGCCUCACCAUACCGCACUCGUCUAGAAAGCAGUUUGCAGACAAAAAUCUCACGUAAAAGUGUGGAGGACUUGUGUGCUGUAGACCUCUACGAUUCCAGCACCCUGCGCCACCAUGACCAGAUGGAAAUGGUUCUGUCCUCCUGUAAGCAGAUCCACAAAGCCGACUUCCUCAGCUCCAUCCUGCACAGCCAGGAUGCCACUUAUGCCAUAUCCCUUGGGUCCAGACUUCUGAUGACAGUGUAUAAAGGUAUAGCACCUGGUGAGGACAGGAAGGCUCUUCCAUCAUUGGACAUAAACACCAAGAGGCUGGCAGACGGUCUGCUUCAGCUCGCCUUUUCUCUAAGUCAGCAGAAUGAGCAGCUGGUGGAUUUGCUGUUGAACACCAUCAAGCUUUCUGUGCCGAUAUCUGGAAGUCACAGCAAUAACUUCCUGAGCUUCUCGCACGGCGAAUACUUCUACAGCCUGUUCCAGACGACCAUCGACAGCGAGCUGCUGAGAAGUCUGGACACUACAGUGCCACGCCUCAUGAAAGCUUCCUCUCAAAAUCCCACCAUG